GUAAUGGGCAAAAACAGUGAAUUACAGUCCCAUGCUGGAUCGCAUGUGCUGUGGAGUUGAACCGAUCAUGCAAGCGAGUUGAACUGUGGACUGCUUCCGCCGAAUAUAAUAGUUAACAUACAUCAACGGGAAAAAACAUUUAAAGAUAUGCCUAAAGUAAAAAAGGCCAAAGGAAUUGGCAGUGAAAGGGAAAAACACGUUGCACUUGCCGACCAGAUUUUGCAAGAUGACUCGGUAAGGCCCAGCGUCCGGCUGAAGAGCCGUGAUCGACGAGAGGAGGUUGAUGAACAAUAUGUAGACGAAAAGUUGUCUCGUAAAAUCCUCAAACAAGCUCGCAUUCAGCAGGAAGAGUUAGAAACAGAAUAUGGACUGGGAUCCAAGGGAAAACAGAAGAAGACUCAGACUACAGUUCUGGGAUCUGCUUCUAAGGACUCUGAUUCAGAAGAUGAGUGGCCAUCACUGGAGCAAAAAGAAGAAGAAAUGGAUGGAAUUGGAGAGGUUGAAGUUAAUGCAGAAGAUGAAAAAGCCAUUGAGAUGUUUAUGAACAAGAACGCCCCUGUCGGGCGGACAUUGGCUGAUAUUAUAAUGGAGAAAAUCACAGAGAAGAAGACAGAGGUAGAAACUGUAAUGUCUGAAGUGUCUGGAGUACCCAUGGCCCAGCUGGAUCCCAGGGUUGUCGAAGUGUAUAGAGGUGUAAAAGAGGUGCUGUCUAAAUACAGAAGUGGAAAGUUACCAAAAGCUUUCAAGGUCAUCCCAGCACUCUCUAACUGGGAGCAAGUGCUGUACAUUACAGAACCAGACUCCUGGACUGCAGCUGCUGUGUACCAGGCAACACGAAUCUUCACUUCCAGUCUGAAGGAACGAAUGGCCCAGCGUUUCUUCAACUUGGUGUUGUUACCACGAAUUCGGGAUGACAUUAUGGAGUACAAGAAGCUCAACUUUCACUUAUACAGUGCCCUGAAAAAAGCCCUCUUUAAGCCUGGUGCUUGGUUCAAAGGAAUUCUGAUCCCUCUCUCUGAAUCUUGUACUUGCUCCUUACGUGAAGCUAUCAUCAUUGGCAGCAUUCUGACAAAGUGUUCAAUCCCAGUUCUACACUCCAGUGCAGCAAUGCUGAAGUUGGCCGAGAUGGAGUACAAUGGCGCCAACAGCAUCUUCCUGCGUCUUCUUAUUGAUAAGAAAUAUGCCCUCCCUUUCCGAGUCAUUGAUGCCUUGGUUUAUCACUUCCUGCGCUUCAGAACUGACCAGAGGACUCUGCCAGUGCUCUGGCACCAGUGCCUUCUCACGUUUGUGCAACGCUACAAAGAAGAUCUGGCUUCUGAGCAGAAGGCUGCACUGCUGGACCUUCUUAAGGUGCACGUCCACCCACAGAUCUCCACUGAAAUACGCAGAGAGUUGGCCAACUCCAAGUCUCGGGAUCAGGAGACGGUUGAACCUGUUAUGGCCAUGGAGUAAGCAGCAUAACAUUGUGGGGCAGGUGAUUGUUAUUUGACAGAGACAAAGCACACAAAUGCAUUACAUCUGUCAAGUAUUGCUUCUGGUCAUGUGUAACCUUGAAGUGGUGCAGAAGUUCUCAGCAACUGAAGGACUGAUGGUUGAAAUUGACUGCUGCUAAACUGUGCAACCUAGCAGAUACCUACCUGAGUAGGGUUCUGUGUAGUUAUCUCACUUGUAAUAUAAAAUAAAUUGGCAGAUUUUCUUUUAA